AUGUUGCCUUGUAAUGUAGAUAGAAGCACAAUUGACAGCCAUUCCGCCAUUUGUACCACUCCAGGGGUCAGUAGGCCAAAUGUCGUGACCUCUGUCAGGAUGUUUUUUGAUGGCAGUGUCAGAAUGUUGGAUCAGGACCCCUUCACAUACACUGAGGACCCUGUUGUGGACAAGAUAAUGCCACUAACCAGCUUCGCCAGCGGAGGACGGAUGUUGACAGUCACUGGAAAGUAUUUUGACUCAAUUCAACAGCCAAAGAUGUUUGCGUGGAGCGGAAAGGAAAAGUCGCACACAACGGAUUGUCUCCAUAUACCAGGAAUGUCCAGUACCACAUUAACAUGUCCAUCGCCAAGAUCACCUAACGAGAUUCAUCCAACGAUACCAGACACUUCAGGUUCCUUGCGCUUUAAGAGGCAGAUGGACACCAAUACUAUCGCGAAGAUUGGCUUUAUAAUGGACGGAGUGGUGGCAGUGCAGAAUUUAACAAACGUAACUUCUACUCUUCAUUAUGUUGCAGACCCGUUGUUCCAAAAUUUGACCAGCGACGGAUCUAGUGUGAAAUAUCAAAGUAACACUAGCUUCGUAAUACGUGGACAUUAUCUUAACCUUGCCGCAAGUGAAGCAGAUGUGACUGUUCUGAUUGGUGGGCAUAACUGUGACGUCACGGGUUUGGCUCCCAGUGUUCUCGUCUGCACACCGCCACAUUUUGACUUCGGAGAUAAACUGGUGACUAUACGUAUGGGUAAUUUAUUGUACCAAGUGGGAUAUCUAAACUAUGGGGAUCCUCCUGUGGGUCAUCCUCCAGUCAACUAUGGUUGGGUAUCCGGGCUAAUUGUCCCCAUUAUUACUCUAUCUGUCAUUGGAAUCGUAACCGGAGUCAUACUGUAUAAAAGACGUGCAAAACGCGCUACCACCAAUCACAAAGGCGCCAAUGACACGGAGUACCUCGGUUUAAGCAGUCAGUUCACACCACCGUGUGUUAUCAACACUAUAGAGGACGCCUUGAUGCUGGUAAAAGAUGUCGACUUAAAGGUUGCUCUAAAGCCUGUACUAAUGAGCAGAGACCGGAUUAAAAUUGGGAAGUUAAUUGGCACAGGGCACUUCGGUUGUGUAUUUGAAGCAGUUUACGAAGACAGCGAACAUUACAACCCUUCAAAAGUAGCCGUGAAAACGUUUCAAGGAAAGGGUGCAGAUAUUCAACAUCUAGAUGAAUUCCUCAGAGAAGGAGCUCUGAUGACGUCAUUUCGCCAUGAUCACGUGUUGACAAUACUCGGGAUAUGCUUCGAAGUUGACGGCAACCCCAUGAUUGUAUUACCGUACAUGGCCAAUGGAGAUCUCAAAACUUACAUCGAGAAUCCUAAGAACGCACCUACUGGACUACAGCUGCUGCAGUUUGGUUUGGACGUAGCCCGGGGGAUGGAAUAUCUUGCUGAGAACAAAUUUGUCCAUCGGGAUUUGGCUGCUAGAAACUGCAUGCUAGAUGACCAGCUGCGCGCCAAAGUGGCCGAUUUUGGACUGACUCGUGAUGUGUAUACCAAGGAAUAUUACAGCUCCAGAGACAAGCAGGCCAAGUUGCCGGUGAAAUGGAUGGCGCCAGAGUCCAUGGAAAGGAACGUUUACACUUUUAGAUCCGAUGUGGUAUGGGCAUGCUGUUACAUUUAG